GUAAAUAGCCAUUUGCUCAAUUCCCUUCAUAUUUUGCAUUUACUCUGCUACACAAGACCACACACUCGCAAUAAGUCGCAACUCACCAUCUACGCUAAAACCCUUCUUCGCUUCCAAUGUCAUCUCCACCGCCAUCAAUGGAGUCCCUAAUCCUCCAGCUUCACGACAUCGCCGCCGUCAAAUUCGGCAACUUCAAGCUGAAAUCCGGCAUCUACUCCCCUAUCUACAUCGACCUCCGCCUCAUCGUCUCCUACCCCGCCCUGCUCCGCCAAAUCUCCCAGACCCUCGUUGCCACCCUUCAUUCCUCCACCCGUUACGACGUCGUCUGUGGCGUUCCCUACACCGCCCUCCCCAUAGCCACCUGCAUUUCCCUCUCUUCCAACAUUCCCAUGGUCAUGCGCCGCAAGGAGGUCAAGGACUACGGGACAGCCAAGGCUAUUGAGGGGGCCUUCGAUCAGAAUCAAGUUUGUCUCAUUGUCGAGGAUCUCGUUACCAGCGGCACGUCUGUUCUUGAGACGGCGGCGCCGCUUCGUGAGGCCGGGCUGAAGGUCACGGACGCCGUUGUUAUGAUUGACAGGGAACAAGGAGGGAGGGAAAAUUUGGCAGAGAACGGCAUCACACUUCACGCAAUGGUGAAGUUGAGUGACAUGGUGAGGAUAUUGAAGGAGAAGGGGAGAGUAUCAGAGGAGACAGAGAAGAUGGUUAUGAAGUUCUUGGAGGAGAAUCGAAAGGUGUCAGUUCCCUUGGCACCAGUAUCUGAGAAGAAAAUUGGAGUUAGACUUCCAUUUGGAGAGAGGAUGAAGAUGGCAAAAAAUCCAACUGGUAAAAAGUUGUUUGAGAUAAUGGUGCAGAAAGAAUCAAACUUGUGCCUGGCUGCUGAUGUUUCUACUGCUGCGGAGUUGCUUGAUAUUGCAGAUAGGGUUGGACCUGAGAUCUGCAUGUUAAAAACUCAUGUGGAUAUCUUGCCUGAUUUCACUCAUGAUUUUGGAUCUAAACUUCGUUCGCUACAAUUGAUCAUGCUCAACUUUCUGAAGAUUGCAGAGAAACAUAACUUCUUGAUAUUUGAAGAUAGGAAGUUUGCUGAUAUUGGGAAUACAGUCACUAUGCAGUAUGAAGGGGGUAUUUUCCGCAUAUUGGAUUGGGCAGAUAUUAUAAAUGCACAUAUAAUUUCAGGACCAGGAAUUGUUGAUGGCCUAAAACUGAAGGGCUUGUCUCGAGGCCGAGGCCUGUUGCUGCUUGCUGAAAUGAGUUCCUCUGGUAACCUUGCCAAGGGUGAUUACACUGCUGCAGCAGUGAAAAUAGCUGAAGAUCAUCCUGAUUUUGUUAUUGGCUUUAUAUCUGUCAAUCCAGCUUCAUGGUCUAGUGGACCAGGAAAUCCAUCCCUGAUUCAUGCAACUCCUGGUGUGCAGAUGGUUAAAGGUGGAGAUGCUCUGGGCCAACAAUACAACACUCCACAUUCUGUCAUUUGGGAGAGAGGCAGUGACAUCAUUAUUGUUGGGCGUGGAAUUAUUAAAGCAGCAAAUCCUGCCGAUGCAGCUAGAGAAUAUCGGCUUCAAGGAUGGGACGCGUACUUAUUGAGUUGCAAGUAAACAUAGUUUUGGCACUGUAAUAUGGUUCUCUUUGUAAUGCCUGUCAGCAGCAUGAGGUACAAAUGAUGCACGAAGUUGCCUCUUUUCAUAAGUGUCCUUGAAGUUUGUCUGACUGUUUCAAAUUAUAUAUGUUUUGAUGUAAUACUCGAUUUUCUUAAUAAGCAAACAGAUCUGCCGCAUCAUUGAGAUGUACUGGUACGUAAUGUGGUAAGAUUUCAGUAUUUUAGUUUUUAGUGAUGGUUGAUUGUUAGUGAAAUCUUCUUUUAUCUUUCAUUUCUUAAUUAAUGUUGUCUUUACCAUUGUUUGAAAUCAUGAUCAUCAUUGUCGCC